AAGGGAGGCGGGGAGUGACGCGGUUUGCGUCUAGAGCGGCUCCUUGGAGUCCACAGCAUCCACCGCCAGAGCCUCGCCUUCCUUUCUCCGUCUGCAGACAUAUCGAGACACAAAAAGAGGCAACCCCUGGACCAGCACGAGGGACCUACUCCCAUCAUGACCGAGACCACAAAGACCCACGUUAUCCUGCUGGCCUGCGGCAGCUUCAAUCCCAUCACUAAAGGGCACAUUCAGAUGUUCGAAAGAGCCAGGGAUUAUCUGCAUAAGACUGGAAGAUUCAUUGUGAUUGGUGGGAUUGUCUCUCCUGUCCACGACUCCUAUGGAAAACAGGGCCUUGUGUCAAGUCGGCAUCGUCUCAUCAUGUGUCAGCUGGCUGUCCAGAAUUCCGACUGGAUCAGAGUGGACCCAUGGGAGUGCUACCAAGACACCUGGCAGACGACCUGCAGCGUGUUGGAACACCAUCGAGACCUCAUGAAGAGGGUGACUGGCUGCAUCCUCUCCAAUGUCAACACACCUUCCAUGACACCUGUGAUUGGACAGCCACAACACGAGAACACCCAGCCCAUUUACCAGAACAGCAAUGUGCCCACCAAGCCCACCGCAGCCAAGAUCCUGGGAAAGGUGGGAGAAAGCCUCACCCGGAUCUGCUGUGUCCGCCCUCCCGUGGAGCGCUUCACCUUUGUAGAUGAGAACGCCAACCUGGGCACAGUGAUGCGGUAUGAAGAGAUUGAGCUGCGCAUCCUGCUGCUGUGCGGUAGCGAUCUGCUGGAGUCCUUCUGCAUCCCAGGACUCUGGAAUGAGGCCGAUAUGGAGGUGAUUGUUGGGGACUUUGGGAUCGUGGUGGUUCCCCGGGAUGCGGCUGACACAGACAGAAUCAUGAAUCACUCCUCAAUACUCCGCAAAUACAAAAACAACAUCAUGGUGGUGAAGGAUGACAUCAACCAUCCCAUGUCUGUAGUCAGCUCCACCAAGAGCAGGCUGGCCCUGCAGCAUGGGGAUGGCCAUGUUGUGGAUUACCUGUCCCAGCCAGUCAUUGACUACAUUCUCAAGAGUCAGCUGUACAUCAACGCCUCGGGCUAGCGACAUCCAGCUCUCCGCUCUACUCUCCCUGUGUCCUCUGCCAACACACUGGCCCCUCCAGCCACUGUCAGACGCCAUUUCCUCUCUGCCUUUCUGUUUCUUUGUCUUCAUCUUGACUGUUCUCCCCACUGGCUGACUUAACCCCACAGUGUGGGGGGCGUGCGAAGAACCGUGGCAUUUCCCAUUCCACAGUCAUCUUUGGAUAAACUUUCCUCUAGUCUCCGGGUUGGGGGUGGGUAAGGGAACAGGGUGGGAGUUGGGGGAGGUGCAGCCCUUGGAGAUGUACCGGUGUCUGUCUCCCAGCAUGCUCUAGAGAGGCGACUCUGGUGCCAUCCUCCCAGCAUGCUCUGGGGAUAUGGCUCAGGCUCUCGCCUUCCCAGCAUGCCCUUUACCACAAAGGGCUAUUUUUCUUUAUUUCUUUCCCUUUGCCCACUUCUUGUAGAACUUGGAUGGAAUCAGUGUGUGUGGUUUUUAUGUUUGUAGUCUUGACGCUCUCCUGCAGUUUACUUCCCUUCUGACAGGACACUACAGCCUGUCUCAGCACUCUGAGUGCUUGAGGGCCACACCCAGGAAAGAAGACAGAGCCUCUUCUGCUUCUUCAACACACACACAAACUCAUGCACACAGACACAAACACACACAUGCACACACACAAACACACAUGCACGCACGCACUCAGAUACACACACACACACACACACACACACACACACACACACACACUAGCAGUAACCUCAGACUCCUUUGGUCAGGAAUAAGACUCUCAGGUUCUGAAAGCUGGCACACAUGUCUGGGAAAAGUAGGACUUCUCAGAAUUUGAGUAGCUAGUUUCAGAUGACCACGGUCCUAAUGCCCUGUGUCUGACUGGUGGCAUUGUGUGGGUUCCCUGCCAGACAGGCAUUUCCAGAGAGCAAAAGCCCUAGAAGCCGUGGUAAGAUGUAUUCCUGCCAGUGAGAGGAAUCACAGGUGAGACCAAGUGCUGAAAAUCCAUUCGUUUCUUUUAAAAACACACCAAGAGUCCACUUGACUAUAGAGAGUCUUUGCUAAUUGGGAUUGUUUAUUGCCCAUCCUGGGAGAAUGCGAUUUGUUACCCUGAGGAGAAUUCAUGAUCCCCACCCACUCCAGCUAAGGUUGCCCAGCUGUGCCCAAAGCCCUUUCUUUCUUGAGAAGCGAUCACCCUUGUUGACAAGCUGGCCCCAUCAGUCUCCUGCAGAGCCCAGCAGCAACAGCCAAUACCCUAGGAGGUCUCCCUGACUAGAGUGGGUUCACAACAGAACUAUCUCCCCAUUUCUCCCCACUAUCCGCCCCUUCUCUCUACCUCCAAAGACAGUCUGGACAUUCAUACCCUGCCUGGAGAGCUAGUAGGAAAUUAUUUCUGUGUCUUGUGUUUCCCAUCCAGCCUCUGGCUCCUGAGUUUCUAGUUGUUCAUGGGGAAUGGCUCCUGAGUGUGAGGCUACUUUUAAUUUCUAGUAUGAACAUGACCCAGGUGGGACUGAACAGGGGUAAUGAUCUUUAUCUCGUAUUUCACUCUAGCCCCCUCAGCUGACUCCAAGAGAAAAAAGUGGAGUCCACAGAACCGCGCAGAGCAGCCCGAGUUGUAGAAACGAUCUCCAGGGAGGAGAUUAUUUCUAUAAUCUAGAGGUCCAAUAUUUGGCUAAAAGUCACAGAAAAAAAAUAGAGAAAACCCGCAGAACCCAUUUGCUCCCAGGUUCUUUGAAAUCAAGGGAGCAGAACCCUUGGGGAGUCAGUGUCUGGUCCAAGACCACUCAGCCCAUCCUGGGAAGCAUGAGGAGAGAAUGCUGUUUCCCUACACAAAGCCGGAGCCGGGUUGCCUGGGGAAACAUGGUGUCUUGAAAGCUCUGGAGCUGACAAGGGUCCACAUGAGCAGGUCCGAGAAAGACGACUUUUCUUCCAUUCCUUUGGUUCACUGUGUUCCUCCCCUGGACUCCGGUCAAGCCUCAUGAGAUGAGGACCCAGGCUAGCCCAGCACCCUUGGGCAGCAGGCAGCUAGGAGCAGGGAGGGAAGGAAGGUGAGCUAAGAGAAUGGGUGCAGAAGUGGAUUCUGGGAAGCAGGUGGGCAGACCGUAUCUUGAUGAGGUGUGUGAAAACAGUUUUCCUUCAACAGACGUGAGUCCUUUCCAGGUGGAAUUGUCCGUUCUCUUCCCUGUCUCUUUCUUCCUUUGUUGGAGCAAAGGUAGAGAGUUCCCCCCACACCCGAGCAGAAUAGCACAGUGUGACUGUGACUUGCCCCAGGCAAGAUCAUUUUAAGUGGUGCCUCGUGUGUCUUUGGGGACUCACUGUUUCCUGUGAAGGCUGGCCCACUACUAGCAUGGCCCAGAGAUGCUGGUGACGGCACAGGAUGGAGUGGUCUGAUCAUUUACUGCUGCCAGUAAACAACGCCCUUGCCAUUUUUAAACAAGAGGCAGAUAGACGGGCAGGAGGGAAACUAACAGCUCUCUCCUCCAGGAGUGGGGCUCCGGGGACCCGGGUUGCUAGUCCAUCACACACUCCCAACCCCAGGUGGCCUCUGGGUCCCUGGCAUUCAUUCUUUGAAUGUACAUUGACCAGCAAAGGAAGUCUCCUACUGAAGUGCCUGAAAUCACAGCUGGUUUUCUGAGACACCGUUCUUCCUAUUUUUGGCUUGGCCACACGUUCUAGUCUCACGUUUCAGAAUCUCCAAAAGAACUCAUGAACUUGCCAUUUAAAUACAUAGGAAGUAAAACUUGAUAAUCAAACUGCAUCCAUAGCCGGAGGAUUAUAGAGAGCCCAAGUCCACUCCCUCACUCCGGUAUUCUCACACACUUUUAGGGGACUAAGAGAAGCAUGCCCAUUUAGUUUUUGUUCCUAUUAGAAAAGAAAUGCAAUGCCAGGUGUGGUGGUACAUACCUGUGAUCCCAGUACUGAGAGGUGGAGGCUGGAAGACCAGGAGUUCAAGCCCAGCCUCCAUGCACAUAAGACCUUGUCUCCAAACGAAAACAGCAAUGCAAAAACAGCAUAUGAAAAGCUCAGGAUCUCUCCCAAGGUUACAGCAGGAGGGGCAGAAGGAUGGAGACAGGCUGAUUCUGUAGCUAAGGUACUUAAGACACCUUAGAGAUAGCCUGUGGUAAUGAGGGUGUGGUCUGCCAUGCUGAUCUGACCCACACAUUGUGAACUGACUGGGAAAUUCUACUUAUGUGGUUUCUGUGUGUUAUGCAUUUGCAAGUGUCCUAGUAGUCUGGUCCAGUUAGUUAGAAACGAGUUGCCGCCCUUCCUCACCACCUUCAGUAGAGUCCCAGGGCCCUCAGCUUGAUCCUCCUGGGGUUGGAAUGGGGAGGAGGAAGAUUUUUUGUUGUUGUUUUGUUUUUAAAUCAUAUCAUCUGUUGAUUUAAGAGUGAGGUUUACUUUAUGGAAAUCAACUCAUUAGUAAAAACUCCAUUCAAGUUGCAAUAUCAUUUCACAGUGAAAUAUUUUUGAGUAGAGUUUUGUUGCUAGACUAGUCAUGGGCAAGAGUUUUAUCAGCAAAAUGUUUCAAUUAUGUUAAUAAACAGACAAUGCUA